GGUCGACAAGGUCGUACUCAACGACGUGCACGGGUCGGCGACCGCGGGUGAGUUUGUUGUGCUCAUGGGUCCGUCCGGCGCCGGCAAGUCGUCGCUUCUCGAUGUCAUUUCGGGUCGCCAGUCGGCGACGUCGGGCUCUGUCCUCGUCAACGGCGCGCGCUGGUCCAAGGCGUCGGCCAAGCACGCGUCCUACGUCAUGCAAGACGACGUCUUUUACGAGACGCUGACGGUCGAAGAGCACCUUUUGUACCAGGCCGAGCUCCGCAUGGGCAAACUCUUCAACCCAUCGCAGCGCCAAGCGCGCGUCGACUUUGUCAUCCAGGAGCUUGGUCUCGGCAAGUGCCGCAACGCGCCCAUCGGCGGCGACAAGAUCCGCGGCAUCUCGGGGGGCGAGCGCAAGCGUCUCAGUUUCGCGACCGAGAUCUUGACCAACCCGUCGCUCCUCUUUGCGGACGAGCCCACGUCGGGUCUCGACUCGGUCAUGGCCGAGUCGGUCGUGCUGCAGCUGCGCCAGCUCGCACGCGAGGGCCGGACGGUCAUUGCGACGAUCCACCAGCCGUCGUCCGAGCUCUUCCCGCUCUUUGACAAGCUCUACUUGCUCACAGAAGGCGAGACUGUUUACAACGGUCCGGCGUCCGAAGCGGUCGCGUACUUUGCGGCGCAGGGCCACGCGUGUCCCAACUACAUGAACCCGACCGACUUUUUCAUGCGCCAGAUCAUCCAAGCCGAUGGCACCGACACGUCCAAGGCCCGCGUCCAGGCGCUCGUCAAGGCGUGGGCGACGCACUUGACCACGGCGCCAGCGUCGUCCGAGUCGAGUAACGAAGAGUUUGACGAUGACAACGGCUACACGCAGACGCACAUGGGGCUCAUGGGCCAGCUGCGCGUGCUCACCAAGCGCAACGUGACGCGCCUUGUCCGGGACAAGAUUGCGUUUGGCGCGCGCCUCGGCCAGAGCAUCUUUACGUCCAUCUUUGCGGGCCUCAUCUUUUGGCAGAUCAAGAUGUCGCAGUCGGGCGUCCAGUCGUUCACGGGCGCGCUCUUCUUCAUCGCGAUCAACCAAAUGUUUGGUGCCGCGACGCCCGAGUUUAUCGCGGUGCCCAUGGAACUGCCCAUCAUGCGCCGCGAGUACGACUCGGGUCUCUACCACGCGUGGGUGUGGUACCUCGCCAAGAACGUCAGCGAGCUCUUCUUCCAGCUCGUCUUUCCGCUUAUCUUCCUCGUGCCGCUCUACUUUAUGAUUGGCUUUGACGCGUCCGACGCGACGCUCUUCUUUAGCUUUUACCUCUUCAUCA